GUCUCGGACAGGGCUUCCCUGUAUGCCAGUCGCACUUUGGCUGAUCUGAAGACUGAAUGUGUGAAGCGGUCCUUGAGAUCUAGUGGCUCCCAGUCUGAGCUUGUCGAACGUCUCUCCAACCAUGAUUUCCUUCAAUCCCGUGCCUUCAGCAUCGCUAUGAAGAGGAUCAACGGCAGCUCUAGCGCUGAAAAGAACCAUGGCCGCCAAUUCAACACUUCCCGUUCUAGCAAGGCCGUCGGUGACUCAUCUACCGUUGACUUCGCUUACAUGCCUUCUAUGGCAGAGAUCGAUGCACCUGCUGCUCGUGCCGAUCCGCAAAUCCCGAUCCUUUCCGACAUCUAUACCCACUAUGACCCGACCCAGUCGCAAGAGGCCCCCAUGAGGCCCCAGGUUUAUACCGUGUCCGGGGGUGCUGGUGACAUCUCCGCAAGUCCCAUGACCGAGGUUGUUGACAACCACUCCGUGGACAUUGAUCCCUUCUCCCUAACCGAGACGGUUGGGAAGUCCAGAUUCGGCGAGGAGCUGAAGAAGCAACAGAACGGUACCUCCGAACCAGGUGUCGUCCGGGAACUGUGGAGUGGUUUCUUGGAAGAUCUUUUAGGUUCCAAACAGCAGCAAGCUCAGAAACAUUGAUGCUGCUUUCAUGUUUGAUUAUAUCUUCUGUCUCGUUUCUAGCGAUGUGUGAUGGUUACUCUUUCAAGGGCCCUUAUUGCUGUCCUUUUGCCAAUGUCUUUCGGGAUUGAAACAUAGUUAUGGUUCUCUGUCUAAGGAUCCUAUCAAAUCCAUUCUGGUUCUUCCAUGAAUACACACUACAGUCU